AUGGCAUCAGAUCUGGAUCUUCUUAGCCCUCAGAUCCGCGAGAACAAAAUUUGGGACAGAGCGUAUGAUGGUCUCAAAGCUGACGAACCGAAUCUGGUGGGUGCGUACGAAGUGAUCCUCACUCGAGAGCUGAGGUUGUCAAACGCAUCCCAAGGCGAGGCUGGCCAGGAAAAUGGCAUCGAACAGGGAAACACGGAUACGAGGAGGGCUCAAAUGCGAGAAAUCAUCCAAAUCGGGGAAGAGAAUACUAAGGAGGAAAUCGCCGCCAAGGAAACCCUUGGAGGGAACUUGCGAAUCCUGCCUUUGAUCAAGGCACUAGUAGACAAGGCCGUGAAGGGUUCUCCAGCGGCGAGCAUCGUGUGGGCUGGUGUGUGCCUAUUGACUCCGAUCCUCAAGGACCCUCUAGACGAGUCUGUUGCGAAUCGAGACGGUACUGCAUAUGUUGUUCCGAGGGUCGAGUGGUCUAUCGUCUCCGCUUUUCGAAGAUGA